UUCAACUAAACCCUAACAUCUACAUAUAUCCAUAAAGAAUCUAGCAUGUCCCAUUCCGUCACUUUUUUUACCCUAGAUUUUCUCAAAAUCGCAUUACACCCUCAUCCAGACAUCCUCUUAUGUUGUCAGAACUCAGAAACCAGAACGAAAUGAAGAAGAGUUAAAAAAAAAAAAAACAGAUUGAAGAAAAGAGCAGGCUCAUGGCUGUCAUGGUUCAUGGACUCACGGUGGUGGUGGUGGUCACGCUCAAGGGGAUGGGAAUUUGCUGGAUUUGGAGUUCCCUCCUCCAGCUGGGUUUUUGAGAGUUUUGUUUUGACUCUCUCUCUCUCUCUCUCUCUCUCUCUCUCUUUGCUACUGUGAACUGUCAAAUUUCCGAUUUCUCCCAUUUUUCUUCUUCGGUAUGCGGAGUUCGUUUUGGUUCACUUCCACAACUUUACCAAGUGUUAAUUAAUUAAUGCCAAGCCCGCUUUCCUUUUCAAUUUUGCUUUCACUUUACUGUUUCUCUCUCUUCGCUGCAACCUUUUCUUGCUUCGUUCUCCUUCCAUUCACAUCUCUCUUCCCUCUCUCUUUCUGUGUGACCUGUGGUUUCCUCCAUUGCAAACCAAGCUUCCUUCACUUUCCAUCUUCUUUUUUCCCCCCCUUUCUCCCCUGAGAGCUCCGUCUCUCUUUCUCUCCCCCUACCCACCAACUAACUUCCCCUGUUCCCCAAUCUUUUAUUCUCUUGCAUCUUCCAAUUUUUCUCCACUCCUUAUUUGUAUCCUUUUGGCCCACAUUUUGGGUUGCCUUCCAAACGACUCCUCUUUCUCUGAAACUACGGUGGUGGGUUUCUGUUUACAAAAGGGAUUUCUGGGUUUUGGUGGGUUUGUGCUGGUCUUCAGGUCUACAUUGCCCAAUCUAUGCUUAUAGAGCCUCAUUUGCUUCAUAGAGGAGAAGCCCUUUCUUUCCUCCUCUGGCUGCUCAAGGAAGAGGAUCAAGGGGGCUAGCUACAUCCCUACCUUUUGGAUUUCUUCACACAAGGUAAAGAUAUGCUCUUUCCCAUCUUCCUUCCUUCCUAUCUUUCUUUUACUCUUCUUUUUGAGCGACUCAAGUUUCUUUUUCAUCUGCCUCUUACUUGGAUCGUAAGUGAUGCUUGUUGUGAGCUUUUGUUCUUUUCUUCCUUUUUCACUUGUUUUGAACUGUGACUUACUGAGCAUUGUCUUCUCGUUGAAGUUUGGUAUGAUUUUCCGGUUUUGGAUGUUGAAGAGUUCCAUAAGAUUUAAGUUGUCGAUUUGUCCUCCCUUUUACGCCUCUUCCAAGGAUUAAUGGCAAUCUUUGCGAAGCAUUGUAUGGAACAGCGAAUGAUAAUGCAAUUAAUGUUACUCUGAAUCUGGCAUGCGUUUUGCUGCUCUUAUCUCCUCUUCCUUCUUUCUGGUUUGAUUCCUUCUAAGUGUAAGUUAGGUCCUGCGUUCUCCCUUUUAAUGUUGAAUGACUCAGUUUGCUUCCCUGUUCAUGAGUUCAUAUUUGCCUCUCAGAAUCACAAAUACAUGUAUUGUUCAACUUCUGUUAUAUUUAUUUUUAUAUAUGUUGUCCAUUGGUUUUCAUUCCUGGUUUCCCUCGAUCAAAACACUCAAAUUGUGCUUCCCUUGUAUUUCAUGUUUACUGAUAUUCAGGUGGGAAUGUUCUAAUCCUUUUGUUGUCUGAACUGGGACCGGGUAGCGCAGAAGAAUCAGCAAUGUCGUCUGAGAGUUUGAAUGCUGAGUUAACCAAGAAGACAUCAAUUUUGGGUUUGAAACUCUAUGCGUUGAUAGGGAUAUCUGUAGGUGCAUCCAUAGUUUUGAUUCUUUGCGUCCUGUCAGUAUGGGCUUUUCGUAGGAGAUCUAGAAGAUCAAUGGACUCCCUCUCUCAGAUACCAAAUGUUUCAAAAGAUAUUAGGGUUGACAGGGUUGGGGCUAAUAAGAGUUAUAGUGAUCAGCCUGAUAGUCUAUUCCUCACUAUCAAUGAUAAAUCAAGCGAUAAGAAUUCAGAGAAGAUGAUUAAUCACUUGGGGAUGAGCAAAUCAAGUGAUCCUGAUAACAUCAGUCAAUGCAGCUCGGUAUUUCAUCACGAGAAAGGAUUUAGCUCUCAAUCUGGGGAAGAAGGAAGCUCUGGGACCAUGAGGAAGCAAUCUUCAUAUCCAGGACUUGUGACAGCCUCUCCCCUGGUUGGCUUACCGGAAUUCUCACAUCUUGGGUGGGGUCAUUGGUUUACUCUUAGGGAUCUUGAGUUUGCGACAAAUCGUUUUGCAGCUGAGAAUGUGCUCGGCGAGGGUGGUUAUGGGGUUGUUUACAAGGGAAGACUGAUUAAUGGAACCGAGGUUGCUGUCAAGAAAAUUCUCAACAAUCUGGGACAGGCAGAAAAGGAAUUCAGAGUUGAAGUGGAGGCCAUUGGUCAUGUGCGUCAUAAGAAUCUUGUCCGUCUUCUUGGAUAUUGUAUUGAAGGGGUUCACAGGAUUCUCGUGUAUGAAUAUAUGAACAAUGGCAACUUAGAACAGUGGCUUCAUGGGGCGAUGCGCCAUCGUGGUAUCCUCACUUGGGAGGCUAGAAUGAAAGUUCUUCUUGGGACUGCUAAGGCCCUUGCUUAUUUGCACGAGGCCAUAGAACCUAAAGUUGUACACCGUGACAUAAAAUCAAGCAAUAUCUUGAUUGAUGAUGAGUUUAAUUCCAAGGUUUCUGAUUUUGGGUUGGCAAAGCUCUUGGGUGCGGGAGAAAGCCACAUCACAACAAGAGUUAUGGGUACAUUUGGAUAUGUUGCACCAGAAUAUGCAAAUACUGGCUUGUUGAAUGAGAAGAGCGACAUUUAUAGCUAUGGGGUACUGGUGCUAGAAGCAGUCACAGGGAGAGAUCCUGUGGAUUAUGGAAGGCCUGCUAAUGAGGUCAACCUUGUGGAGUGGCUUAAGAUGAUGGUAGGGACAAGAAGAGCUGACGAAGUUGUGGAUCCAAAUCUUGAAGUCAAACCUGUAACCCGUGCUCUAAAACGUGCUCUCUUGGUUGCACUUCGCUGUGUUGAUCCUGAUUCAGAAAAGAGACCGAAAAUGAGUCAGGUAGUGCGGAUGCUUGAAGCUGAGGAGUACCCUUUCCGUGAGGACCGGAGAAACCGCAAGAGCCGAACUGCAAGCAUGGAAAUUGAAUCAAUGAAGGAAUCGGCAGAAUUGGAAAGCAAGGCAGGGGAGGAGUCAGCAGCUGGUAGUAUCUGAAAAAAAAAAAAAAACGGGCAGGAGGAUAACUGACUGUACACCAGCAAAAGCUAAAAGGAAAGAGGAGACUCAGGUUUCUCAUUCGAUAUUGCAACUUGCAAGCUUUAGAAUAACUUAUAUACCUGACCAUACGAUAAGGUAAGAAAGAGAAAAGACUGGAAAAUGUGUGCUUUCCAUGGAAAUUGGCCACCCCAUAAUCGGAAAGUUUUUCCGCAAGUGCAUUUUGUAGUCUGGGUGCCGUUAUGCUGUUCAUGUUCAGGCUGGUGUGCAUUAAAGGGAGAGGAAAGGGUGGUUUUAUGUGCAGGAGCCAGGAGAGGAUUUUGGUCUCUGGUGGAGAGCUUUCCAGGAAGGUUUUUUUUUUUUUUUUUUUUUGUUCUUCCUUUUGGUUUUUAACUUUUGAUGGACGUAGUACUGUUUUGAUUCUAAUAUACAGGAGUGGAAGAUCGCUUCUUUGGUCAUUGUGUUCUCUCUUUAUGCUGCAAAUUUGUUCCUGCGGCUACAGAUGAGCCUAGUUGAUGCAAGUUUUGCCUAACUCGACCUCGUCUCGUUGAUUAACGAGUGAAGUUCGUGCUUAGCUCGUUUAUUAACAAGGCGAGUCGAAUUCGAGGUAGACUCGUUUAGUAAAAUUUUGACUUAUGU